GCCCGCCCGGUCCCCCCAGCGGCCGCGCUCCUUCUGCUGCCCGCUAGCCUCCCGCCUGGCAUCCGCGGCCGAGAGCAGGAGAAAGUCCUGCUGGUGGGCGGCCGCGGGGCUGCGCGCGUCCUGCAUCCCGGGGCCGCUCCGGCCCGGGCGGCUAGGGGGCUCGGCGGUCCAUGCAUCCGCCGCCGCCCGCCGCCGCGAUGGAUUUCAGUCAGAACAGCCUGUUCGGCUACAUGGACGACCUGCAGGAGCUCACCAUCAUCGAGAGGCCGGUCCGCCGGAGCCUCAAGACACCAGAAGAAAUAGAAAGAUUGACAGUUGAUGAAGACCUCAGUGAUAUUGAAAGGGCUGUUUAUCUACUCAGUGCUGGCCAAGAUAUCCAAGGAACAAGUGUGAUUGCAAAUCUUCCAUUUUUGAUGCGACAGAAUCCUGCUGAGACACUUCGGAGAGUCUUGCCGAAAGUUAGAGAAGUCCUGCAUGUUGCAGGAGUGGAAAUGCAGUUAGCGGCUGCGGUGUCCUUUUUGACCAUUCUUCAGGAAGAAUCAGUGUCAAUUCAUACCUAUGCCCACUCCUUUCUCCAAGUCAUUCUACUGCAUCUGGAGCACAGGGACACAGGUGUCAGCAAUGCAUGGCUGGAAACUCUUCUAUCUGUAAUAGAAGUAUUGCCCAAAGAAACCCUAAGACAUGAGAUUUUGAAUCCACUUGUUUCCAAGGCACAGCUUUCCCAAACAGUCCAGUCUCGUUUAGUUAGUUGUAAAAUUUUAGGAAAAUUGACCAACAAAUUUGAUGCUCAUACCAUUAAAAGAGAAAUACUUCCCCUGGUAAAAUCAUUCUGUCAAGAUGUAGAAUAUGAAGUUCGAUCUUGUAUGUGUCGGCAAUUAGAAAACAUAGCUCAAGGCAUUGGGACAGAACUUACAAAAAGUGUGGUGCUCCCUGAAUUAAUAGAACUCUCUCGGGAUGAAGGCAGCAGUGUGCGGCUUGCAGCUUUUGAAACUUUGGUUAAUCUGCUUGACAUAUUUGAUACAGAUGACAGAAGUCAAACUAUACUUCCCUUAGUGAAAUCGUUUUGUGAAAAAUCUUUCAAAGCAGAUGAAUCAAUUCUUAUUUCCUUAUCUUUCCAUUUGGGAAAACUAUGUCAUGGACUAUAUGGAAUUUUUACUCCAGAUCAACACUUGAGAUUUUUGGAGUUUUAUAAGAAACUUUGUACAUUGGGUUUGCAACAAGAAAAUGGACACAAUGAAAACCAGAUUCCACCCCAAAUCCUAGAGCAGGAGAAGAAAUAUAUUUCAGUACGGAAGAACUGUGCUUACAACUUUCCGGCCAUGAUUGUUUUUGUGGAUCCUAAAAACUUCCACAUGGAACUCUAUUCUACAUUCUUCUGCUUUUGUCAUGACCCUGAAGUACCAGUCAGAUACACUAUUGCUAUUUGCUUUUAUGAAGUGUCUAAACUUCUGAAUUCUGGAGUAUAUUUAAUACAUAAAGAACUAAUAACAUUAUUACAAGAUGAAUCACUAGAGGUACUAGAUGCUCUUAUAGAUCAUCUUCCAGAAAUCCUGGAACUUAUGUCUACUGGUGGAGAAAGCAGUGUUCAAGAAAAUAAGUUAGCACCUCUGCCAGACUUGAUUCCAGCACUCACAGCUGCUGAACAGCGAGCUGCAGCCUCUUUAAAAUGGAGAACUCAUGAGAAGCUGCUACAGAAAUAUGCCUGUCUGCCACAUAUCAUAUCAAGUGAUCAGAUUUAUUAUCAUUUCUUACAGAGAAUGUUCACAAUCGUGUUGACAAAUAAUGUCUUACCUGUCCAAAAGGCAGCUUCAAGAACUCUCUGCAUUUUUCUACGUUAUAAUCGUAAACAGGAGCAGAGACAUGAGGUCAUUCAAAAAUUAAUUGAACAACUGGGCCAAGGAAAAAGUUACUGGAAUAGACUUCGAUUUUUGGAUACUUGUGAAUUUAUUAUAGAGAUCUUUUCCAAAUCAUUUUUCUGUAAAUAUUUCUUUCUACCUGCAAUUGAACUGACACAUGAUCCAGUGGCCAAUGUGAGAAUGAAACUUUGCUGCUUACUGCCCAAAGUGAAAUCUACUCUGAAGAUCCCUGCAGAUAAGCAUCUACUUCAACAGUUAGAAAUGUGUGUGAGAAAACUCCUAUGUCAAGAAAAAGAUAAAGAUGUUCUGGCUAUUGUAAAAAGAACUGUGUUAGAGCUGGACAGAAUGGAAAUGUCUAUGGAUGCUUUUCAGAAAAAGUUUUAUGAGAAAGAUUUGUUGGAUCAAGAGAAAGAAAGAGAAGAACUACUUCUUUUGGAAAUGGAACAAUUAGAGAAAGAGAAACAACAGAGUGAUGGGAGGCCCAUGAGUGAUAAGACAUUUGAAAAGAAACGUAGAGACACUAAGAUACCAACAACUCUACCCAGGAACAUCCCCAUUUCUGUUCCUGGGCCCUCUUCUGGCACCCCAUCAACAAGCAAAGAAAUCAAGAAGUCCAAAUUGAUUCGAAGCCAGUCUUUUAAUAAUCAAGCUUUUCAUGCAAAAUAUGGCAACUUAGACAAGUGUGCUAGUAAAAGUUCUACAGCACCAUAUACAACUUCUGUCUCAGGGUUAGCAAAGACUUCUGUGAUUUCACUAACCGAUGAUUCAUUCCGGACUCGUAAUGCCAGUAGUGCUUCGACUUCAUUUUCUCCCAACUCUCCCUUACCGAGCACCUCCCGUGGGACAGGCACCUCAGCUGAUCCAAAGAACAGUGGCAGUAAAGAUUCACAACCACGGAAGGCUACCUUAAAAUCAAGAAAAUCCAAUCUUUAAAUCAUCUGCUUGUUGAAAGAGACAAAACAAAGACAACUGGAGAUAAUGUGAUUGAUGGACAAAAGCUAAAGCAAUGGCUGGGGCUUUUUUUUUUUUUUUUUAAUGAAUGAAAAAGACAGACAUAUUGGCAGCUGAUGUUAAACUUUCCGUAUUUGAAAUUAGAUUCCCUAGGAGGUAGAAUAUGUAUUCCUUGAAUAAUAAUGUGGUACAGGAUCCCAAUGUCACAGUGAAGUAUUAAUGAAAACCACCUUUAGGUAUGUGCUUUACCCAGCUGCUGCUCAGAGACCCGUCUGCAUUUAUUUGUGCAGGAAGCCUCUGUUUAAUGGAAGCCAUCUAUUUAAUUUCCUAGAGUUCUAACACUUAAAAAUUAUACGAAAGUCCAAAUCAAUUGAAAUGGCUUUAGCUGGAUAAUCACUUGGAGGGAACCUUGGGAGAAAGAAAGACAUUGCAUUUUGUCACCAAUCUCCAAGCCCAAUUGAAAAGUCACACUGAGAAGGGUACAAACAGGUGUCCACAAUUUUAUUAGUCUUACGAUUGUGGUAACAAUAUGUUGUGCCUGGAUAUUCUGAAAUUUAAAUUUGACAAUGAAAAUACGACAGUUUCUGAUAACUUUUAUCUACAACCUUAAAAAUAACAGAUGGAUGAUUUCCUUUAUUUCACAGAAGAGUUUAUUUUAUAAAUACUUUGUUUACAUUUUACAUUGUAUUUGUCCUUACUUACUUUAAAAUGAUGAAUUCAGUUUAAAUUAGCUGUUACUCCAAGCUAUCAUGCUUAAGCUAUGUCAACAGCAUUUAUUUGUACUUAUGCUAAUAUUUCCAUCAAAAUCUGCCUGUGGAACAUAUACAGUUCUUAAUUUUAAAAUGUCAGUUCUUGAGAUAUACCGUAUGAAGCUAUUGUCAGCUUCUCUAUUUCAAAAUGCAAUCAGCAUAUAAGUAUAUUAAUAAUAGAAAAUAUUUGUUUUUUAAAAUUUAUUGAUGUAUGAUAAAGAUGAUCUAAUUUGUGAAUGCAUAUGAGUGUGUGGUUACUUUUUAUAAUGUGAAAUAAUGAAUAAUGAAUUUACUCAAAAUAAAACAUAGGUUAAUGAGAUACCUGUGUUUGUGAAAAAAGUUUUACAUAUUUUCCUGCAGUUUUUAUUCUUUAAUUAAAGAGUAAGUUCUUAAGUAAUUAGUAAAGAGCUUCUCAGUAAAUAUAAAUUACUCAGGGGACAGCUACUCAGUGUGAGACUUUUCCAUGUCACUUGUUUCCCCUUUUCCUUCUGUAAGGCCUCUUUUUGAUUAUUUUUAGUGAUUCUUAGUAUCUUUCAUUUAAGGACAAUCAGGCAAGUGGAAUUUUUCAACUACUUGUUUUGUGAGUAGUUAAAAACUGCAUAGGUAUGAGAAACUUGACAACACUGGCUAAAGGAAUUUCGUACAUUCUUUGUGAAUCUGCUUUAACUAUUUUCAUGUCGUCUUCUGCUAACAUCACUAACCUGGAAUUGAAUACAUUAUGGUGUAGAGAGACCGUUUGUGGUAUUAAUGGGACCAUCAAAGUGGCAUCAGUUUUUCCAGCACUUUGAUUCAUAGUCAGCAUGACUCUGGUGCUUGAAAUAAAAUGGAGAGUUUAAUUUUAUUUGUUCAAUAAUAAAUUUAGCAGAGCUAGGAGCUUUUACUUCCUAUCAUGCAUGCAGGAGAAGAAGAAAGUGAUUUGACAAAGUAACAUCACCACUGCUUAUGAGAUUCAGAAUAUACAGAAGUCAGCUGCAGUCUUACUCCUACUCACUAAUUAUCAGUUAAGACAGUUAACCAAAAUUACUUCGGAAGUUUUCUUUUUUUUCACAUAACACAAUUCUAAAAUUGUUGACAUAUUUAUUAAAAUUAUUUUUCCAAGGAUGGAUAUAUAAAAACAGUAAAAAACAAAUUGGUGGCAGUUAUGAAUAUCCACACAUAUCUCAGUUUACACCAGAAACAAGAUUGAUACACUUGUGUAAAAGUUCUCAGUUUAACAACAUAUCACAUUAGACCUUUAAGCUAGUUAUAUGACAAAGAAAUAUCUCCCUCCAUGUGUAGCUGUAGGGAUAUAGGGACAUCUCUGUCUAUUGUUAAUUAUGGAAACUUGUGUUUUUAAAGACAGCUCUAGAAUCUCACAAGAUAGCUUUAUAAGCAAAAAAAAACCAGACUUGUAGAACUCAAUUUUACUGGUAGAGCUGGAGAUAGGACUAAAAAAGAGAGAAGCAUAUACUGGUUUUCUUCUAUCAUGUCAUACACAUUUAAAACUCAUUUCCAUCAUCUGACUUCCCGAGCUCAGACCUCUUCCUCUGGGAGGACGUGUCCACUUUGCAGUGAGUUAGUGGGCACGUGUGAGCUCUUCGAACUGAAGUUGAAUGCGACCUUUGGGUCAAGUAGGAAUUUUAUAGCAAAGAUAAACGAAUUGACCAACUCAGUCAUCAGUUGUUAUGGUGUGUGUGAGAGUGUGUGUCUGUGCAGUCAUAAAAGUUUUUAAAUAUACAUGUAUAUUUUUUUAUGGAGGAAGGCUUAAGUGCCUGGGGCCCAUGAACGUCAUAGUGUGACCCUGUCUCUGGUGCCCCGUUUCCCCUCUUUGUAAAGUGAAGGUAUUGAACUUGACCUAUGGCUCAGUUAAUGCCCCCACCCAGUGGUUUGUUGCACCACCAAGAAAUAGUCAGCAAGAAAUGAUUCCUUAACAGAUUGAAAUAAAAUGCAUAUUUUGCACCAGAGGGAAGUGAAGGGAGUGAAGCGCAUGACUCGUGGUGGAUGUGUCCUCUCCAAAGACCUCAUCUUUAAGUAGUAUGCGGAUCUACCAUGUUUUCAAGUCUAGAUACGUGAGUAACAGAGAAAGGUCAAGAUAUUCUACCAAACUAGUCUUUAGUCAGUAAUAAAGGCUCUUAGAAAGAGGCUUAGCAUACCAGGCAGAUCGUACAAACACAAAUUUGAAUUUAAUAUUGAGGAUUGUCUAAUGGCUCAAACUAGCGGAGGACCAAGGGGACACUCUUUUGUCACCCGGUGUCAGUAGACUGAUUUUGUGGGUUCAAAUACCUCAGAUUCAGCAUCUGCUGUAGCACUAAGUACUUAGGCAUGUCCUUAAUCAUAAAAGAGUUGGAUUCACCACCCUGCCCAGAAACAGAAGCAUUCGAGAGGUUUCUUCAUAGAUCAGGAAGUGAAAUGGCCGGUCUACUUUGA